AUGGCCGCCAACCGCCUCCAGCCUACCGGCUGGAUCAGGGCAUCCGACAGCCCUGCCCCUGCCCCCGCCCAUCCCGCCACCUCGCACCGACGCUCGCCCGCAAAGAGGGUCCUCUCGGCCACCCGCCACACCCAAAAGGAGAACCACCCCAACGCAAGGCUUAUCAACUCUGACAGCCCGCGCCCCUCGCCAGCAAGGCGCCUCGCCCUCCAGGAGCGCCCAGACAACUACCAGCCCGCUCCCUCUCCAACACCGGCAAAGCGUUCCGCCCCGUCCUGGUCCGACUCGGCGGCAAAGCCAAAGAGGCUCAAGCCGACGGCCAGCACCGGCGACAAGACCAUGCAGACCACCCUCAGCGCAUUCCUACAAAAGCAGCCACGCCUCGCCCCGCAGUCCGCCACGUCCCCGACCACCCCCGUCGCAUCCUCGACGCGCAACGAAAACCUUGCGGCACCUCGCCAUCAGCCUGCCUCGGCAACAUGCCAACGCCCACAGCCCCCACCGGCGCAACCACUCUUGGACGCCGACGACGACCAAGAGGUGUUUCAGAGAGCCCAGAAGAUGCUCAAGUCGGGCAGGUUUGGCAGCAUACCCAGAUCCGUACGGCCAUCCGCCUCCGACGCGAGCUUCGCCGCCCGUCGCGCCAUGGCUUCGCCCGACACCUCUCCCUCGCGUCCCUCUACUUCCGAGCGCGCUCAGAUAUCGCCCGGGCGCGAUGCUCCUGCGCCGCCCGCACCGAGGCGCACCUCGCCCCUGCAUCGCCAGAUAGAGGCGCCACGCAGCCAUCCUCCGCCUCCCUCCAGGCCGAGGCGGGCUGUCGCGCCACGAGCGCACACCACCGAGCCUCGCCCAGCGCGGCCCGAGGACGCCCAAGAGACGCCCUUCAUGCAUGAACCGCUCUCCAACUUCAAGCCGUUCCCGUGGCAGGAGAGGUCAAGACCGCUGAUGGCGCAACUCAAGCGCAGGGCGGGCAUCCGCGAGACUCAGAUACAAGAAGACGAGCGCAGGCUGGCAGCCGCAAGGCUCGCACAAGCUCAUCGCAGGAUGGAAGUCGAUGAACCCGACCCCGACUUGAAACGCGUGCCGGAAGCGGCCGGACCUGCGGCUAGCGGAGAGGCAGUCGAAGGGCACGAGGAUAUGGACGAGACCCAGCCGAUCGGCGCGGAAGGCGGAGAGUACGAGGACGAGCCUCUGGACGAUGGCAUGGCAGCGGUGGCCGGGCCGUCGCGCCAGCCUCUGCGGUCCGACUCAGCAGGUCGCGGCAUCGCAGCAGCAGAGGCAGGGAAGCACACGCACGCAACCGAGACGAUGGGCAUGUCGUGCGUGGUGCUUCCCGAAGGCGACGCCGACGCCGACGGCCACGACAACCUCGACGCAGCGGGCGCCAACGUGUCUGGCCCAGCCCUUGUGCCGCUCCGCGGUCCCCUGGAGCGACAUCGCCCCGUCGAUCGGCUGCAGACGGUCCUUCGAUCGCCUCGAACCAAUCGCAGGGUGUACGCCCUAGAGACGCAGUUCAAAGAUGGCGCCGCCCGAACGCACUCUGCACCCGACCUUGGGCCCGCGACAGUACGGGCUGAAGGUGGCCGGACCAUGCCCAUGCCUGCGCAGCUCGAGUCGGCCCAAGCGUCGAUGCCCAAGGGACUGCGCCGACCCAACGUGCGCUCGGAACCCACGCCGAGCCAAGAUUCAGCAUCCAGCCGGUCCCGAGAGCCCCUCAUGCCGCCGCCGUCCGAACUGCGCGCCAUCUUCGGCGGGUCAAGCCCGCUUACCAUUCCCAGCUCCGAGGAGCAGUCCACGAGCUCCGGACGCCCAGACAGCGCUGUCUGCCCUACCACCUCCACCACACCUCAUCAGGAGGUCACGGCAGAGAGCGGGCGGGAUGGCGGCAUCUCUGAGUCUGCUCUUGCGUUCUCAAGCAGCUCCGACACUCCUGAUCCUCGCCACGGUCCCCAGGACGAGACUUAUCGUGACCCGGACGAGGACGUUCUACGGCGGCAACUCCUCAAGACGCCCCAGCGAUGGCUUCCGCCCCGGAAGGCGGCGCUCUCGACGGGCAAGAGCAGCGCCAGACAAUCGCCGCAGGUGACGCGGUCCGGCGGACGGUCCCAGCCGCCCAGUCCACCGCAAAGGCAGAACAACGACGCGAUUACAGACCUGGCCGGUCAACAUCAGGCGACAGAUGCCGAACCAGCCUCGCGUGCUGCCGACAACGACGAUGAGACGCAGCCGCUGGCGUGGGAGACGGACAGCGACGACGAGGGCAAUGCAAGUGAGCAGGCGGAUCUGCGGCUCGCGCGGGCGCUCAACGAGCAAGCGGUCAGGCUGCGGGCAAGCCAAGUGCGGUCCGCGCUGGGCGGCGGCGAGACGCAAGCCGACGACCACGGGCCAGGAUUGCACCAGAGGAACGAUCUCGGCAGCGCGGCGACGUCCGACGACGACGCUCGCGAUCAGGAGCGGAGGAGGCUGCAAACGUGCGACCUGCACCGCGUGCGCGGCUUCCGACGGCGCAGCGGCGUUGCUGGCUUGACGCACGAGUCACUCCCCGCGAUGCUGUCGCACUGGUCGCCGCCUCGGUUCUCUCCGAGGCGCGAGCCAGCGGGGCCCGAACACGGGCAAGGUCGAUCCAACGAGGACGGACGCCGCGCCGUGCUCAACUCGCCUUCGCCCGGCGGCACCGACCGCUUCAGUGCGAUCCUCGCCGCGCUGCACCGAGCCCGGAAAGACGAGGCGGCCGAGGAAGCAGCGCGAGCAGGCGAGCACGCCGUCUCGCUCUCUGCCGACGAUGCCAGCAAGAGGCUCGACGGCCAGAGCGACCUGGCGCGGUUCGGCUUCUCGCGUCAGCCGUGUUCUGGCGCGACGAAGAGACCGUCUGCAUCGGCGCCAGUGACGGCUGCUGAGGCAAAGGCGCCGCUCAGCUUCGACCUGCGGGAUGAGCUGUCGGACGACGAAGACGAAAGAUGCGAGCGGGAGGCGGACGACGGACCGACGGAAGAGCUGCUGGGGGCGGCGGCAGACGAAGCGAGCGGCGGCGGCGGCGGCGGCGGCGGCCACGCACAACAGCAUGGAGCGUCUCGGCAGCAGCGCCGCGACGAGGACCGUGUCGAUGUUGACGAGGACGACGACGAUGCGACGCAGCCCCUGGCCUGGUCGUCGGACUACGAGGGCGGCAACGCCGACGGGCCACCGAGGAUCUCGCAGGCGACCAACGACUCUGAGACGCUGCCAUUUUCGCUCGAGGCGAGGCUGAUUGCCGAGCGCGCCGCUGUCCUUGAGGCGCGCAGCGACGAUCCGACGUCGUCGGACGACCGAGAGGGCGACGUCACCAUCACGGGUCCGCCACGACCGCCGUCGCCACUGCCGCCGCCGCUGCAGCCACUGUCGUCAUCGCCGACGUCGUCGCCGUCGUUGUCGACGACCGUACGACGGGGCCUGGAACGCACCAUGUCGAGCCGCUCGACGCUGAGCACCGUGGGCGGGAGCAUGCCGUCGAGCAGCCAAGGCUCCAAAGACUGGAUGCCCGGCGUGUCGAUGAGCGGCGCCGACGACGCGGCGAUGCGCUUCGUCCACGGCCGUUGA